GGGCCGUCGUAGUCGACAAAGGCCCGUUCCCCUUCUUAGGGGUUAAUCUUAAAGGAAGGAAGGAAGGUGCGGCCCGGCAACAUUCGCUCGCCGUCUGGGAACGAAGAAGCAGACAUGCCCCCCAAAGCAUCAGGAAAGGCCGCCAAGAAGGCUGGCAAGGCCCAGAAGGCCAUCGCCAAGGGUGACAAGAAGAAGAAGCGCAGGAGGAAGGAGAGCUACUCGAUCUACAUCUACAAGGUGCUCAAGCAGGUCCACCCCGACACCGGCGUCUCCUCCAAGGCCAUGUCCAUCAUGAACUCCUUCGUGAACGACAUCUUCGAGCGCAUCGCCGCCGAGGCCUCUCGCCUGGCCCAUUACAACAAGCGCUCCACCAUCACCAGUCGGGAGAUCCAGACGGCCGUCCGUCUCCUCCUGCCCGGUGAGCUGGCCAAGCACGCCGUGUCCGAAGGCACCAAGGCCGUCACCAAGUACACCUCCUCCAAAUAAGCAACCCACCAACUUGCUUGCACUGGAAAAGAACCGGCUCCAUCGGAGCCACAAACUAUUU